CAAAGGCAACAUCAGUCACCAGUAGCUUUUGGCGCGUGUUGCUUUCCAAAGUGCUGAAUUGGAAAAGAGAUUUUGUCGUAUGUUGUCGCCAAUAAAACUAACACCAUCUGCUAACUUAAUUGGAUGAGCUGUGCUUUCUAAUCAACCACAAUGAGGAGACAGGAAAACCAGAUGCCCAGGCCAACAGCCGGCUGCCUGCCUGUGCCACUCUUUAACCAGAAGAAGAGAAACAGAGUUCCUUUGACAUCUGCUCCCUCUGAGAAUGAAUUUUUCUCCCAUAGUGAAUACAUAGCAAACACCAGCUCAUCUACAUCUCACAGCACAUCAGGUACCUGUGGAUCUUACCAUGCCUCAGGUCUGCCCUCUGGUGCUCCACAAAGCCACCAGUGGAAGAGACAGGGCAUCUACUCCCAAUCUACUCCGCCGCAGCAGUACUGCAGCAACAGACCUGCUCCUGGACCUGCCCUUUCAAUGAGAACACAUGCACCCAUACCACAUCCAUACAAAGGUGGAGGAACAAGCUCUAAGAUGGGACAGCCCAGCAACCCAGUGAGACAAGUGGAUGCCAGCCCCAGUGCUAAAUCCAGACAAAGCGAAUAUCAAGUCCCCCGCAUCAGUGAGAAUGUACAAAGCAAGCAACCCCCCCACACUGUGUUCUCUCAGAUGGGCCAGCCGUCAUCUUACACCAAAAAUCCCACACAUCAGUCUUUCCAGCAGUCCAGACCUCUGCCUCCUCCUGUCCCACCACCCAGCAGGCCCUCUGCUUGUGCAGCGCAGCCACAAAAUAACUCCUGGAAGUUUACUAACAUCUUUGGGCAGCAGAAAUCCACCUUUGAGGGAAACAGGGGCACAAGACAACCUCAGACUGGACAGCAAACUCGAAUUCAGCAGGAAACAAUGAAGCCAACCAUUGAAAACUCACUGAGAAUCCUGACUGCAGUAAUUGAUGGCAUGAGACACUGGAGCCAGUUUAAAGACAAAGUCCCAUACUUAUUUGAGAUAUUUGCUACUCUAGACUCUGCGGUCACACUGGGUCGCCACGGAGCCAAGAACUUCCUCAUGAGAGAUGGCAAGGAGGUUAUCCAGUGUGUCUUCUAUGAAAAUGAGCAGGAACUGCCCCGACUCAUCCGUGGUCAAGUUCAUCGCUGUGUGGGAAACUAUGACUGCAGCAGAGAUGUCCUGAUGUGUGUGUCCGUCAGACCCGGCCUGCCCUCAGAGCUGAGGAACGCUCAGGAGGCUGUCAAAGCCUGCGAUGCAGAAAUGAGGGCACUGGUCAAAUCACUCAGUGAAGUCUGAGCAUGGGUAGAAAUCUUCAGCAGUACUGAUAGGAAGAAAGUAUACUAGUAUUUUAUGAGGUUACAUGCGAGCCAUGCUAUAUAGUAAUAUAUAGCUGUUGUUAUUAUUAGCAGCAGUCCCUGUAGUUUUAAAAAGCAUGUUUAAGGUCUUAGGUUUUUGACCAGUAGGGGGUGCUGUUCAUUUGUUGCAUGCAAACAAAAUACACUAGCACUGAACAGUUGAAUUCACUUGUAUGUUCUGCCGUAGAUGUUUUUGUAUUUAUGUGUGAAACAAAUAUAUAAAUAGCUGUUUCAUUUGACCAAAACGUUAA